AUGAGAGGUGUUAUGAAAGUUCCGAACAAAUUUGUGAUGAAAUAUGGUAAAGAUCUAUUAAAUUCAGUUUAUCUAAAGCUUCCGAGUGGUUCUGAAUGGGAAGUGGAAUUGACAAGAUGCAGAGAUAAGAUUUGGUUUGAGAAGGGUUGGCCAGAGUUCUCUAUGUUUUGUUCACUAGACUACGGGAGUUUCCUGGUUUUUCGAUAUGAAGGGAAUUCUCAUUUCCAUGUUUGCAUAUUUGAUAUGAGUGCCACCGAGAUUGAUUAUCCUAUUACAAUGCCCAAGAUUGAAGAAGUCGUUGAAGAUGAUGAUUUAUCUAUUGAAAUCUUGGAGGAUUUUCAACCCAGCCCCAAAGCAAGAAAGCAGUCUCCAUUACCACGUCCUCCUUACAAGAAAAUGAGAACAAGUUUGAGCAGUAAUGCAAAUAUGAAUUUUGAUAGGGAGAACACUGCCAAACGACAUCUUAUUAAGCAGCCUGAUAGUAACAUCACCCUUCAAAAAGCUAAUGCCUUCAAGUCUGAUAAACCUUCUUUUGAGAUUGUCAUGCAGCCCUCUUCUAUCCAUUAUCAUAUGAUGUCUUUACCAAAUGAAUUUUCCAAGAGGUAUCUUAUGAAGCUGCCUGCUGGCAUUGCCAUCCUUCGAGUUUCGGAUGGAAGAACUUGGUCUGUUAAAUUCAAGUAUGAUCAUGCAAACUCGAGGGCUCGACUCCUGAAGGGUUGGUCACCUUUUGUGAGGGACAAUAAUUUGAAAGUUGGUGAUGUGUGUGUCUUUACCCUAAUUAACUGCAUUGAACUUUUAUUUGAAGUUGCCUUUUUUCCCACAGAAAAGUCCACAAAUUUUCCAUCGUCAACAGGUAAAACUGUUCAUUUGUGA